AUGUUAUUCCCUAUCUAUCUAUCUAUCUAUCUAUCUAUCUAUCUAUCUAUCUAUCUAUCUGAAAGUUUUUCAUAUCUAUCUAUCUAUCUAUCUAUCUAUCUAUCUAUCUAUCUAUCUGAAGGUUUUCAUAUCUAUCUAUCUAUCUAUCUAUCUAUCUAUCUAUCUAUCUAUCUAUCUGAAGGUUUUUCAUAUCUAUCUAUCUAUCUAUCUAUCUAUCUAUCUAUCUAUCAAUCUCAAUCUUUUAAUAUCUAUGAAUGCAUAUCGCCAACACUAUCUAUCUAUCUAUCUAUCUAUCUAUCUAUCUAUCUAUCUAUCUAUCUAUCUAUCUAUCUAUUCCUUCUCCCUUCGUUCCUUCCUUCCUACCUAUAUAUUCCUUUGAUUCCUUCCUUCCUUACACCUCCUCCAUCCCUAUCUUCGUAUCUAUCUAUCUAUCUUCUAUCUAUCUAUCUAUCUAUCUAUCUAUCUAUCUAUUCCUUCCUUCCUCCCUAUCUAUCUAUUCCUUCCUUCCUUUGUUCCUUCCUUCGUUCCUUCCUUCCUAUAUAUUCCUUGAUUUCUUCCUUCCUUACUCCCUCCAUCCCUAUCUAUCUAUCUAUCUAUCUAUCUAUCUAUCUAUCUAACUAUCUAUCUAUCUAUCUAUCUAUCUAUUCCUUCCUUCCUUCCUUCCUUCCUUCCUUCCUUCCUUCCUAUCUAUUCCUUGAUUCCUUCCCCCCAUCUAUUCUUUUGAUUCCUCCUCCUCCCUCCCAUCUAUCUAUCUAUCUAUCUAUCUAUCUAUCUAUCUAUCUAUCUAUCUCAGUCUGUUCAUAUCUAUCUAUCUAUCUAUCUAUCUAUCUAUCUAUCUAUCUAUCUAUCUAUCUAUAUAAAAAUGAAUUCAUAUUAUCUGAUAUGCUAGUGUUCUGUUCCUUCCCUCCUCCCUAUCUAUCUAUCUAUCCCUAUAUAUUCCUUGAUUCCUUCCCCUCCUCCAUCCCUAUCUAUCUAUCUAUCUAUCUAUCUAUCUAUCUAUCUAUCUAUCUAUUCCUUCCUUCCUCCCUAUCUAUCUAUUCCUUCCUUCCUUCGUUCCUUCCUUCCUACCUAUAUAUUCCUUGA